AUGUCUGACAUCUCGUGAGUCGUCCAAAUGCUCACACCACGUGGUGCUUGUAGGUCGGCUAAGCACGCACACAUCGCUCCCCUCUCUCUCUCGACCAUCAAAGCUCGCAGCUUCAUGGCGGUUACGCCCACUCCUUGUCGCGAUCAUGGCAAGGUCAAUCACGCAGGAUCACAAAGUCCAUGUUCAUGUAUCCUCGUCAGUUCCGUGCCAUUCGACACGCUUCUCAGAAAUUCUUGGCAUCACUCACGUCCGUUCUUGUUACCCUCUCCUCUGCGCAGUGUUCAUUUCUGAUGAUCCGGAUGCCGAAGCUCCACUAAAAGGCAUGCCCAACCAGAGGAGGUGGGGCGUGAACAAGCUGCCAGGAUUCUUGGAACCUCUGAUCAAGAAGGGCCUGAGCAGCGUCAUCCUGUUCGGUGUUCCUGAGCGGAAACCCAAAGUGAGUGGGAGCAUAUAAUGACUCCAAGACGUGCUCUGCUCAUCGACUCGUGCCGCCCUCUUGAAUGCACCUUCAAGGAUGAGAUCGGGACUCUUGCGGACGAUCCAGAGGGGCCCGUCAUCAGCGCCGUCAAGACGCUCCGUGAAAAGUUCCCAGAUCUCUACGUGGCCUGCGACGUUUGCCUGUGCGAAUACACUUCUCACGGACACUGCGGUAUCCUGCACGCCGACGGAUUGAUCAACAAUGGACCGAGCGUGAAGAGGCUAGCAGAUGUCGCUCUAGCUUACGCAAAAGCUGGUGCGCACUGCGUCGCCCCGUCGGACAUGAUGGAUGGACGCGUAGGAGCCAUCAAGAGGGCGCUCAUCGAUAACGGUCUGGUGGGAAAGACGAGCUUGAUGAGCUACAGCGCUAAAUUCGCGAGCUCUCUCUACGGCCCGUUCAGGUGAGUAACUGCUUCCUUGUGGGCUCGACGCUCACAAAUGCACGGAACUGAAGCUCGAGAUUACUGCCUGCGCUCUCAGAGAUGCCGUUGCGUCUGCUCCAGCGUUUGGUGACAGAAGGUGUUACCAGCUGCCUCAGAAUGCACGAGGCUUGGCACGCCGAGCAAUUGUGCGCGAUGUUGGCGAGGGUGCAGACAUCAUCAUGGUCAAGCCUGGCAGCAUCUAUCUAGACAUUGUGAGUCUCGCGCCCACACCUCGCGCCAUGGUCUCGUUCCGCGUCCUCUGACGCACAGCUCGCCGCUCCUCGCACAGCUCGCCGAGGCGCGACAAUUGGCACCGGACCAUCCUCUGGCUGUCUACCACGUAAGUCGAUACGUCUGAGUUGGGACAAAGCGGAAUCUGUGCUCAUUGCGCCAGGAACAUCUCUGUGCAGGUGUCGGGAGAGUACGCAGCGCUACACGCAGCAGCCGCAGCUGGAGUUUACGACCUCAGAGCGCAGGUGCUAGAGCUGAGCGAAGCUUUCGUCAGAGCUGGCGCCACUAUCAUCCUCAGCUAUUUCAGUCCGGAGUUGAUGGAUUGGCUGGAUGCAUAA